AUGCUCGGAAAAAAAAAUUCACACAAGAGUUCAACUGAAGUCUUAGAUAAUCAGGAAGACACUGAUAUCGAAGUUUUUGAAUCUGAAUACCGCACAUAUAGGGAAUCCGAAGCGGCAGAGAACAGGGACAAUUUUCAAAAUGGUGAUGAUCAGAGCUGGAAGAUAAACGGUAAGCAAAAAUAUGAAGUAACAAAAAGCGAGGUGUCAGAUGUUGCCUAUGAUUCUAUUCCAGCAUAUGAAGAGAGCACAGUGACUUUAAAGGAAUACUAUGAUCACUCUAUCAAGAGUAGCUUAACCGUAAAAUCGGCAGGUGACUAUCUCUACUCCCUUUUCCCUAUUAUAAAAUGGCUUCCCCACUAUAACUUUACGUGGGGCUAUGCAGAUUUGGUGGCGGGAAUUACAGUCGGGUGUGUUCUUGUGCCUCAAUCCAUGUCCUACGCCCAAAUCGCCAGUUUGUCGCCUGAAUAUGGUUUAUAUUCCUCUUUUAUUGGCGCUUUUAUCUACUCUUUAUUUGCCACAUCGAAAGAUGUUUGUAUUGGUCCAGUCGCUGUUAUGUCAUUACAAACAGCUAAAGUGAUUGCCGAAGUUUUGAAAAAAUACCCAGAAGGUCAAACAGAAGUCACGGGUCCUAUAAUUGCGACUGCCCUUUGUUUCCUUUGUGGGGUUGUCUCUACUGCACUGGGCGUACUACGCCUGGGGUUUUUGGUUGAGUUGAUUUCUCUGAAUGCUGUUGCUGGUUUUAUGACCGGUUCAGCAUUCAGCAUUAUUUGGGGUCAAAUUCCUGCUCUUAUGGGCUACAACUCACUAGUCAAUACUAGAGAAGCGACGUAUAAGGUUGUGAUUAAUACUCUCAAGCAUCUACCAAACACGAAGUUAGACGCUGUUUUUGGUCUAAUUCCAUUAGUAAUUCUUUAUGUAUGGAAGUGGUGGUGUGGAACAUUUGGUAUUACAUUGGCGGAUAGAUAUUACCGAAAUCAGCCAAAGAUUGCAAAUAGAUUAAAAUCAUUCUAUUUCUACGCACAAGCUAUGAGAAACGCUGUCGUUAUAAUUGUUUUCACGGCGAUAUCAUGGCGUAUAACAAGGAACAAAUCAUCAAAAGAACGUCCUAUCAGUAUUUUGGGCACGGUCCCCUCUGGUUUGAAUGAGGUGGGUGUCAUGAAAAUUCCCGAAGGUUUGCUAUCUAAUAUGAGUUCAGAAUUACCUGCUUCAAUCAUUGUUCUGGUGCUAGAACAUAUCGCUAUUUCAAAAUCAUUCGGUAGAAUUAAUGAUUACAAGGUCAUCCCUGACCAAGAGCUAAUCGCAAUUGGUGUGACAAACUUGAUAGGAACAUUUUUUCACUCAUACCCAGCAACAGGAUCAUUUUCCAGAUCUGCUUUGAAAGCGAAAUGUAACGUGCGUACCCCAUUUUCCGGAAUAUUCACUGGCGCUUGUGUGUUAUUAGCACUCUAUUGUUUGACUAGCGCUUUCUUUUUUAUUCCUAAGGCGACAUUAUCAGCAGUUAUUAUUCACGCUGUUUCUGAUCUAUUGACUUCUUAUAAAACCACCUGGAUUUUUUGGAAAACCAAUCCCUUAGAUUGUAUCUCAUUUAUUGCUACAGUCUUUAUUACCGUGUUUUCGUCCAUUGAAAACGGUAUAUAUUUUGCAAUGUGUUGGUCAUGCGCAAUGUUGCUAUUGAAGCAGGCAUUUCCAGCCGGGAAAUUCCUUGGUCGUGUUGAGGUAGCUGAAGUAUUGAAUCCAACAGUACAAGAAGGUAUUAAUGCUGUGACAUCAUCUAAUGAAUUGCCCAAUGAACUAAGUAAACAAGUUAAAUCUACCGUCGAUGUUUUGCCAGCUCCAGAAUAUAAGUUUAGUGUAAAAUGGAUUCCAUUUGAUCACGAUUAUUCAAGAGAGUUGAAUCGCUAUACUAAAGUUCGCCCUCCACCACCUGGUGUCAUAGUAUAUCGUUUGGCUGAUAGUUUUACUUAUGUGAACUGUUCGAGGCAUUAUGACAUUAUAUUUGAUCGCAUUAAGGAAGAAACAAGACGAGGGCAACUAAUAAGCCUGAGGAAAAAGUCCGAUCGACCAUGGAAUGAUCCUGGCGAGUGGAAAAUGCCGAAUUCUUUUAAAGCUCUGUUUAAAUUCAAACGGAAAUCAGCAACGACGGAUAACGAAUUGCCAGUAUCAAGUGGUAGGAAUAACCAGGAAUCCUACGAGAAGCCGCUAUUGAAAGUUGUCUGCCUAGAUUUUUCUCAAGUCGCCCAAGUGGACUCAACCGCUGUUCAAAGUCUCGUCGAUCUGAGAAAGGCUGUGAAUAAGUAUGCAGACAGACAAGUCGAAUUUCAUUUUGCCGGGAUCAUAUCUCCAUGGAUUAAAAGAAGUCUUUUGAGCGUAAAAUUCGGAACUACAAAUGAAGAGUACAGUGAUGACUCAAUCAUUGCUGGUCAUUCUAGUUUUCACGUUGCGAAAGUUCUGAAAGAUGAUGUAGAUUAUACUGAAGAGGAUAGCCGUAUAAGUACAUCGUACAGCAAUUAUGAGACCUUGUGUGCUGCAACUGGUACGAACUUACCAUUCUUUCACAUCGAUAUACCAGAUUUUUCCAAAUGGGAUGUAUAG